AUUCAGCUACAAAUACUCCUGCUAAUAUUACUGGCAACAUCAACUUUAUUCUUUUGUUAAAUGGCACUAACUUCAAGUCAUGGCAAGAGAACCUUUUGGUAGUUCUCAGAGUCAUGGAUCUCGACCUAGCGUUAAGGGUUGAUUCUCCAACACCUCUUACGGAUAAGAGUACCUUUAAUGAAAAGAGAGAUAUAAAAAGGUGGGAGAAAUCAAAUCGCAUGUGUAUGAUGAUCAUGAAAAAGGUCAUUCUGAAAUCAUUCAGAGGCACAAUAUUUGAAAAGAUUACUACUGCUAAAAAGUUCCUUGCAGACAUCGAAAAGAGGUUUGUCAAGAAUGAAAAGGCUAAAAUAGGUACGCUCUUGACAAGCCUAAUUUCAAUGAGGUAUAAGACCAAAGGUAAUAUCAGGUUUAGCCAAUUUAGGGUGAGCUACAACUGUCAAAAAGAGACUUGGUCUCUGAAUGAGCUCAUCUCAAACUGCGUUCAAGAAGAGGAAAGGCUGAAGCAAGAUAAGUCA